UUGGGACCUAAGGUUUGUCUAUUUAAUAAAGUUUCUAUAGUUAUACAUAUAGCAGAGACAUACUUAGUUUGGUAUAAAAAAAUACUUUUUUGUUAUAUUUGCAACUAUUUUCCUAUAGAGAUAAGAGAAACAGAAUGGUUUCUGGGUAAGAAUUUCCACUGAAGAUCCAUGUAAAUGGUUUAUUUAAACAUCACAGUGACUGAUUAAUGUGUUCACAUUUACAGCUUUCCUUUAGCUUUCUUUUUGUCAGAUAGAAGGUCUUCAGAGUAGUACUUACCUUGCAUUAGAAAUUAUAUUAAAGCAUGAGAAAAAACUGUUUUCUGCUUGGACAGACUCUUGUAUUCAGUUUUCUUGUUAGAGGAGAAUCAUCACAUAUGUGACUUCAAACUGCCAACAGACUAAAAAGAAGGAGCGGAGGGAAGAGAGCAGAGAAGGCAUAUAGCUUGUGGACAGUCUGUUUGGCAAGUAUCAACUAAAACUAUAAAUGGUGUGAUCUAGAAAUCAUGCUGCCAUUACGAUAUUACUAGCGUUGCUGAAACUGCCCCUUGCAAGAUUUCAGUUUGAGAUCUCUGGUUGUAUGUUUACUUUUAAGAAUUUGAGAAAAUCAAGAUGGCAUUACAUUAAAUGCUUUUAGUUGAGUGAUUCUUGUCCAUAUAAAACACACAGCUAUAAAGUACAUAAUCUGCCAAACUCUAGAGCUUGAAACACACGGUCGACUAAACUUCUAAUUGCUAGGACAGACAGUGAAACUGUUGAAUUUUAAGAUGACUGCACACCAAAAAGAAAGUAUAGUCUACGUCUGACUGCCCAAAUCUUAAGCCUUGGACAACUGUAUAACCAGGUGCCAGGUACUCAGCUUUAUUUUGCAUUUUUGACCUUCUGUGGUAGAUUUUCAGUGAACUUAUUACUGUUUCAACAGGUACUGCAAUGGCUGCAGGAGUUUUGCUGCAAAAUGAACUACCGUAUUCUUCGUUGCUAGAGAGCAGCCUAUAUCUUGCAAAUAUGAGUUCAGGGAGUUCGAGGCGUCCGACAGCAAAAUACACUAAAGUCGGGGAGCGCCUUCGCCAUGUCAUUCCUGGUCACAUGCAGUGCUCAAUGGCAUGUGGUGGACGUGCUUGCAAGUAUGAAAACCCAGCUCGAUGGAGUGACCAGGAGCAAGCCAUUAAAGGGCUCUUCUCUUCUUGGAUAACAGAUAACAUACUGGCUAUGGCUCGACCCUCAACAGAAUUAAUUGAAAAGUACAACAUUAUUGAACAGUUUGAAAGAUGUGACAUAAAAACCAUAAUUAACCUUCAGCGUCCUGGGGAGCAUGCGAGCUGUGGGAAUCCACUGGAACAAGAAAGCGGCUUCACCUACCUUCCUGAAGCUUUUAUGGAGGCUGGAAUUUAUUUUUAUAAUUUUGGAUGGAAGGAUUAUGGAGUGGCAUCUCUCACUACUAUACUUGAUAUGGUAAAAGUCAUGGCUUUCGCCUUACAGGAGGGGAGGGUAGCUGUUCAUUGUCAUGCAGGACUUGGUCGGACAGGUGUUCUAAUAGCUUGCUACUUAGUUUUUGCAACAAGAAUGAGUGCUGAUCAAGCAAUUCUUUUUGUCAGAGCAAAAAGGCCUAAUUCUAUUCAGACUAGAGGGCAGCUACUAUGCAUCAGAGAAUUCACGCAGUUUUUGGUUCCUCUGAGAAAUGUAUUUGCAUGCUGUGAGCCCAAGGCGCACACGGUGACACUGUCCCAGUACCUGACCCGUCAGAGACAUCUGCUCCAUGGUUAUGAGAGUAGACAUCUCAAACACGUGCCAAAACUUAUUCAUCUAGUGUGCAAAUUGUUGCUAGAUUUGGCUGAAAACAGACAAGUGAUAGAGGCAGAGUUGUUAGACAUACCUGAUCUCUCAGCUGAAAUUGAAGAGACUGUCUCUCAGUUGAUGUCCACACAGCUAGAUAGAGACCUCGCAAGGCAGGACAGUGACACGUCGGACUCCUCCCACACCCACUCGUCCACUUUUGAGACCCAGGAUUCUCUUUUCUCCUUGGGACAUGAAUGUGAUCCUCUUUGGAAAAGAGGGAAUGUUGAAUGCCUUCAGCCUCUUACUCAUCUGAAAAGGCGUCUAAGCUAUAGUGAGCCAUAUUUAAAGAGAACUGAGUUUCUUUUAGAUCAGGGAGAGACUGCAUGGACAGUACCUGCUCAGAUAUUACUGUGCAACAAACUUAAGCAGAACAGUGGUGAGGAAUGUUCUGCCACAGGUGAACAAAAGCCACAGCUGGAUUUAAACAAAGCAGCGUUAGUGCAUAAUACAUGUAUGUUCUGGAGUCAAGGUAAAUUUAAUGUGGAUGGACAAAAAGACGGAUCCUCACUUUAUCACAGAAGGAACUCUACCACAGAAGUACAACGCAGCAGAACAUUUUCUUCAGGUCUAGCAUCUAUCCCAAAUACCAGGGAACCUGGAACGUCAAGGCAUAAUUUUACCAAUAGGAUUGGUCAUAGAAAAGAUGGCAAGACUAAUAUGUACAGCAGAAGAGUCUGUGUCUCCGAGGACUCUGAUUCUUCUUCUUCUAAAAUGAACUUUUCCAUCGGAUAUGAAAGCCAAGGUAGCAAAGAUGUGCCAGAGGCAAUUCCACACAUUGUUCUGCAGUCAGAAUUAAGUUUGGAAGCCCGAAGAGUUUUGGCAGCAAAAGCACUUGCAGAUAUAAAUGAAUUUCUGGGAGAGGAUGAAGUGAAGCAGAAGGUAGAAAUGUGGCAGAAAGAACUGAAUUCUCGAGAUGGAGCUUGGGAUAAAAUCUGUGCCGAGAGGGAUCCUUUUAUCCUCUGUAGCUUGAUGUGGUCCUGGAUAGAGCAGCUGAAAGAACCUAUUAUAUCCAAAGAUGAUAUUGACAUGCUGGCAAAAAAUUGCACAGAACCACAGGAUGCACUUUACUUACUGAGAAAGGAACAGUGUCAGACUAUCCUUUGUAUUUUACACUGUGUGGUGAACUUGCAAACGCUACCAGCUGAUGUGGAGGAGGCCUUACUUGCUCGUGCUAUUAAAGCUUUCACUAAGACAAGCUUCGAUGCUGAAAAUGGACCGUAUGUUUACAGUACCUUGAAAAAAGUAUUGAAAGAAACACUGGAAGAAAAAAGAAAAAGGCUUAAGGAAGGAACAGAGAAUCCCUCUUGACUUCUGCACAGCUAUGCCGAAGAAUUAGAUGGGCCUACCAAAUUAUUUUGCAUUUUCCAGCUACUGUAUUUUGUGCUAUCUGGCAUGAUUUACCUAACUUUAGGUAAUAGUAGUUAUUAACAAAGCGUUUUAUUUUUUUAGAGGGAGCUUUAGUGACAAUUGUUUUCUCUACACAGAUCUAAAGAACAGCUCCUGUGUGACCGUACGGUAGCAUUUGGUUUCAGGUACUACGCUUUCAUAUUGUGAACUGUUCUCUUGUUUUCUAAUGUAUUUAUUGAUUUAGAAACGUCUGUCAUUGGCAAGCAACAUCAUUUUCAAGUGACACGAUUGCCAUAAGGUCAGUGCCAUGGUACACAAAGGUUUAAUGGAUUGAGUUAAUAUUUAUGUAUUACGUAUGUUUACAUUAAUGUUAUUUGAUUUUACUUUGCAGAAAAUAAACAGUGACUGAACU